AUGUGGCUGACGCUGCUGCUCGUGACGGCGGCGUGUCUACGCUUUGGCGACGCAGAGGGGGACCCUCUUCCUGCAGCGCUGGUGGAGCUGGUUAGAAAUUCCCCCAUCUCCUCCAUAGAUGACCUCCACCUGCUGCUGCUCUCUGACUCCGUAGAUGAAGAGCAGGAAACUUCAGCCACGGGAGUUCACAGACUACCUAGAAGUCUUGAUGCCCAGCCAGCGCAGCAGGCCCUGUGUAAAGUGCGCACGGAGGUGGUGGAGGUGACCCGCUCCAUGUUGGAUCGCAGCAACGCCAACUUCAUGCUGUGGCCGCCGUGUGUGGAGGUGCAGCGCUGCUCUGGCUGCUGCAACACCAAGAACCUGCAGUGUGUGCCCGUGGCCACGCACACCCGAUACCUGCAGGUCACGAAGAUAGAAUUUAGAAACCAAAGGGCCACAUAUGCUCAAGCAGUGGUGUCUGUGGUGGACCAUGUGGAGUGCCGCUGCCAGAACGCUCCACGGCCGCCGCCUCCCAAGAAGAAGACGAGCCGCCGCCAGCACAGCAGCAGUAGCAGUAGCAGCAGCAGCAGCAGCAGUAGCAGAGAGACACACCACAACCACAACCAGACUCUGGGGAGCGCACAGGGACAGUUGAAGCUGCACUCCAAAGACGAGCUCCACCAAUGGGACGAGCUAAAACAGAACCAGCGAUCGCACACGGAUCACGAGCUCAUCGACCAGCGCUGGAGCCCCAGAGGAGACAGCUUCACCCCGCCGGCUGACCGCUCCAGCCUGCCCCAGGAGCACGCUUCCCAGGCCGGGGAGGCUUUCCACCUCACCCCCCACUGGUCGCACAACGCCACCAGCAACAAGACUGCCCCCUUGGCCAGUAAUGCCACAGCAGAGGUCAAGAGGGAGAGAGUGCAGGACAUUCCCAGCUCCAGCCUGGAAGCAAGCACUCACACGCUCAGCCCAUUGUGGCACCAAGACACGUACGCGAGCACGUCCACCGCGCCGGUCACCUCAAACCCCGGCAAUCUCAGCGUUCACGGGGAACUGGACGAGAAGAGGCUACGUCCCACCAAAGAGCCCAACCCGGAUCCACUGGUGCGACACAGAGACAAUGAAACGCCCCAGAAAGACAGGUUAAUAGAGCGCGAGGAGGCCAGGCUAGAGGAGGAGAGACGGGAGCUGCUACUUCUCCACAAAAGGCUGGACCAAGAGAAGGAGAUCCUCCGGGUGCAGCAGCUGAAACGAGAAGAGGAGGAGCGGCAGAGGGAGGCCGAGGGUCAGCUGCGGAAACACCACCGCCACCAUGUGCAAACAACCGCAGCGCAUGCAGCAGUGAUAACCACCACCACCACCACGCAGCCGCCCUCAGCUCCAGCGGGGCCCAGGCCUCAGCCGCGGCAGAAGAGGAGGAGGAAAAAUCGAAAACGCAUCAGCAAGGCAGCAAUGAGGGCGAUGCUCAUGUAG